AUGGCUCAGAAGAUCAUACUCGAUACAGAUCCAGGCGUAGACGAUGUUCUAGCUAUAUUGUUAUCACUCUCAUCACCUGAAUUGGAAGUAGCUUUGAUUUCAAUAGUAUUUGGAAAUACUCAUGCUCCCGUGGCCCAUGGUAACUUACUCAAGAUAUAUCAUAGCUUGGCAAAAGAAAUUGCGGAGAUUCCAGAAGCUGAAAAUCGUUAUGAAACUCUGAAACAACCUGGAAAGAAGACAUUAUUGGCGUUAGGUGAAGAUGGUCCUAUCGGAGGUGAAAAAGCUGUCGCUGCUUAUUUCCACGGCCCAGACGGUUUAUCAAAUAUAACUGUGACUCAUCCCCAUUUCACUCCACCUGAACUUGAAGAGGAUGUACCUCAUGAACAUUUGGAGAUCUCGAAUAAGCCUUCGUACCAAGUCAUGCUUGAUAUCCUGAGGGAAGAAGACGAAGAUAGUGUGGUGAUCAUUGCUCUGGGACCUCUCACCAACCUCGCCCAUGCACUUCGAUCAGAUCCUACUACGUUCUCCCGAGUAUCUCGUAUCGUAUGGAUGGGAGGUACCCUCGAACAUCCUGGAAAUACAUCACCCACAGCUGAAUUCAAUUGUUUCGCGGAUCCGUUCGCCGCCUCACAAAUACUACAGGCCUGCAAAUCAGGUUUAAUCGAAUUCAUCUUAGCUCCAUUAGAUAUAACUACACCGCAUGCUAUCCCAUUUUCAGAUUUGAUACAUCCGACCGUUGUGGCUAUACCAGAUUCCAAUGGUAAUUUACCAUCUAAGAAAGAUGAUACUCCUACACCCUUGGAAUCAUUUGUUUCUGCCAUGUUAGUCAGAGUGAGAGGGUUACAAGCAUCUUUUGGAUUAGAAGAUUCGAUGGAAAUGCAUGAUCCUGUCGCAGUGUGGUUCGCCCUGACUCACGCAACAAGAAAGAGGAAUUCACCACCUCUUGAAGAAGACGGUUGGAGAUUGGUACAAAGGGAUUUCCAAAUUGAGAAAAUUGGCGAACUUACAAGAGGAAUGUGUGUAGUAGAUAGAAGAGGUACAGGUGAAGAAACAGGUGCAGAUAGAUCUAAAAAUGAAAAACUGAAAAAUCAAGGUAUAUCAUCUUCAAGUUCGACGAAAAAAGAUGAUUCAACAGGUAGAAUGGGAGAAAAAUUAGAAAAACCAAAACAAUUACCUUGGAUAAUCACUCAAACUCCUGGUAUCGAAGAAUUGAGAAAAGUCUUAUUAGGUAGAGUGUUUGGAACACAAGUUUAG